GUCAAUUCCAGACUCGCUUGAGACGCAUUUAGUGAACGGGAUUUGAACAAGAGGGGAAACCGGGCAAUUCACUUUGAUAAAUCGAGGCAUGGCUUUCACGAAUGGCUCUGCUGUUCAACUGCACCUUAAAACGUGCAUUCUUUUACUUUUAGGGGGUCUGUUAAUCGAAGCUGUCCCAGAGCAAGGAAGCAUGUACAUGUGGAUUGAUGCCAAUCAAGCAAGAAUAUUAAUUGGUUUUGAGGAAGAUAUUUUAAUAGUCUCAGAGGGGAAAAUGGCCCCAUUCACAGACGACUUCAGGAAAGCGCAGCAGCGGAUGCCAGCAAUACCUGUCAAUAUCCACCACGUGAACUUCACCUGGCAAGCCACUGAUCAGGCAGAGUUCUUCUAUGAGUUUCAGACUCUGCGUUCAUUGGAUAAGGACAUUAUGGAUGACCCCACUGUCAACGUUCCUCUGUUAGGCUCAGUGCCGCACAAAGCAUCUGUGGUCCAGGUGGGCUUUCCAUGCCGAGGUGACCAGGAUGGUGUCGCAGCAUUUGAGGUGACCAUCCUGGUGAUGAAUGCUGGUGGAAACAUCAUCCUGAGGACUCCACACAAUGCCAUCUUCUUCAAGACCUGCCAAAGAGCAAAGUGUCCUGGUGGUUGUCGCAAUGGAGGCUACUGCAAUGAGAGGCAAGUUUGCGAGUGUCAGGAUGGUUUUUAUGGCGUGCACUGUGAGAAAGCUCUGUGCUCCACUAGAUGUCUGAAUGGUGGUCUGUGUAUGAGUCCAGGCAUGUGUAUAUGUCCUCCCGGCUACCAUGGACCCAGCUGUGAGAAAGCUAACUGCAGCACCACCUGUUUGAACGGAGGGACGUGUUUCCAUCCUGGGAAAUGCAUCUGUGCCACUGGCUUUGAGGGCAGCCGCUGUGAGCUGAGUAAAUGUCGACAGCCUUGCAGAAAUGGAGGCAAAUGCAUGGGGAGGAACAAAUGCAAGUGCAGCAAAGGUUACCAUGGUGAUCUGUGCUCCAAAGCUGUCUGCGAGCCCAGCUGUGGAGCACACGGGACCUGUGUAGAGCCCAACAGGUGCCAGUGCAGGGAUGGCUGGCAUGGACGUCAUUGCAAUAAGAGAUUUCGUGGUGGAGCCUCCAACAGUCAGAGGGCCUCUGGUUCCAAGCACAAGUCACAGCCUGCAGUAGUAAAGGACAUCAAGGAAGCCCCCGAAUCCAGUCAGCCCUCUGACACCAAUUAUGUGGUUUAAACCUAUAAAUUUUAGCCAGUGGUGUCCGGCCACCCCCUCCCUUUCAACACCUCCUUCCUUGAAACAAAUCUUUUAUCCUCUUCUUCCGAUCCUCAUCAGUGCCAACAGGACACUCCCAAGCCGGACUGCUGCUUUCUCAGAGCAAGAGUUGUUUUUGUAGUACGGUCACAGGGUCUUAUUUUACCACAGUUCCUUUGAUAUAAUAUCUCCCAGAGUUCCCCUUCAAUUAGCUUCUGUCCUGCAUUAACUAUGUAGGGAGUGAGUCCUACAGGAGUCACAGAGUUGUUUGUCUAGUGUGGUGAACGUCAGAGAUGUUUGUGAGUUGCCCUGUGGUUUAGCUUCAGAUGUGGGGGUGAAUCAUUGGGUGAAUUGUACAUUACAGCCAAAGAACUUCUGUGUGGGGACCCGGCUUAAGAUGGUAAUUACUGUGUUUGGCUCGUGCUAAAGAUUUGUUUGAUUUACCUGCUUAUUUUGAAAACAUGUUGUUGUCAUUUCCUACACUGCAAAAAUAAUUUUCUUAAUCAUUAUUUCUGUCUUGUUUUCCAGUAAAUAUUUGUACACAUUCUUAAAAGAAUAGUUCACCCAAAAAUGAAAAUUCUGUCAUCAUUUGAAUGACAGCCUCGGUCACCACCAUUCACUUUUAUUGUGUGGAGAAAGAUGCAAUUUCACAGAGGAAAUUAAGUCAUGAGGGUGUGAAACAACAUUAGAGUUAGUAAAUAAUAGCACAUUUUAAUUUGUUUUAUAACUAUACCUUGAUAACUAUAACAUUUGGGUAACUAUUCCAAAUUUACAUGAGAAGCAAAUUUGUGUAACAUAUUAAAGGAAAAGUUCACCUAAAAAUGAAAAUUCUCUCAUCAUUUACUCACUAACAGUUAUACAUUAGGGUGAGUAAAUGAUGAGAGAAUUUUCAUUUUUAGGUGAACUAUCCCUUUAACAGUUUUGUGAAAAUAUAUUUUGAAUUCUUUUUUCUUACCCCAUUGACAAAUUGUUUUUCUUUUUUAAGCAUAAAUCUCACUCAAUUUUGUUAGACUAAGGCUUAAAAAAAAAAAAAAAAAAAAAAUUGCCAGUGGGGCAAGAAAAAAAUACAUUAAUUCAAGAGCCAAUGUUUAAUAAAAAUAAUUACAAUAAAAAAAUAUAUAAUAUAUAAAAAUAUGAAAGUUUUAAUAUUUGGAUGUUAAAAUGUAAAUAUUUUUUUACAGGAAAACAAGAGAAAAGAACUGAUUAAAUUAAUAUUUUGCAAUGUAUAUUAUUGUCACUAACAUUAUUUUUUCAUAAAAAACUAUUAUUUAGUAACUUGAGAUAUUUCUCAAACAAGUACUUGUAUUACCACUUUCUUGAAUAUGUAUCCUGCUCAUGCUAUGUAAAAUUGAAAUAUAUAGAUUAUAUAUAGAUAUGAUACAUUAGGAUAGCCAAUACUGUGUAUAAAAUUUUACAUACUUACAUAUAACUAUGUACAUAAGCUGCUUGCAACAUCAUAAACAUGACACACAAAAAUACAAUUUUCAUCCAUGUGACAAUGAAUUAUACAAAUAAAAUGUUCCGUUGUGUUGUCAUGGAGCUUGUCAAGAUCUAUGAACACUAAAAGCUUUCCAGAUCCAAUAUAUGAAAGCAAACUCCAGACAGUCACUAUUUGUUGGAUGAGACUAAAGCUCAAUAAAACUGAUAUUAGUUGAAAAGUUUUCAUGAUCAAAAAUUAUGGUUGGCAAAGUACUGCAACUUGACUCCCUAAACAUCUAUGCAAAACGUGAUCUUUCUUUUACCUGGUGAUACUUUUCAUUUCUUCCAAAAGGUUCUAAACCUUUAAGGGAGGAUUGUAAAAAAGAAUGGGCCAGGUUUUUUUUAUGGACUGGUCUUGUAACUUCUGUAGAAUCUAGGAUUGGCUAAACUGCGGUUGGGCUUACUCUGUGUGUGCAUUGGCAAAAGAAUAAGUUACUUGUAAAACCAACAUUUUGCACAGGAAAACAACAUGUCUGCUCACAACACUUUGAGUGAUGCUUUCUGAAAACAUUGAAUGUAUUUCACAUAUACACUGCCAAAAAAAUAAAGAGAGAGAAAGUGAAAUAGCAAUAAUAAAAAAAAUAAGUUGUGAACCACAACUGGAAAAGUCAUGGAAAGUCAUUGGUUAUAAGGUGUGCAAACCCUGUAAGAUGGGGCAUAGGUUUAAUUUCCACCAUCUCCAUCAUCGUGACGAAUUGUCAGAUGUUGGUUUCGGUAAAAGACUAUGUCAUGCACCUGGAAUGUGGAUGUCUAGUUACCAAAUACAUAAAGAUGUUGCACCAGUCACCUGGAACACCAUUAUUCUGGUUUGCUUUUGAAUCAUUUGUUGAGCAGUGCUCUCAAAAACAAUCUUUGGAAAUGGCCAUCUUUUGGCUUUCAAGGCUGGGUUGAAAAGGACAAGAUAGCUGCAUGACAUGAGUCUGAGGUCUGUAUACGUAACACUUUAUAGAUCUCCAACAUAAAUAAGAACUGAACAAUACCAACACUGCAAAAAUAAUAAUGAAUAAAUAAAAAACAUAUAAAUAAAAAAAUACAGAAGAAUCUUGUUUUUCCGUAAAAAUAUCUAAACAUCCUUUAAACAAUAUACCAUAGAUUUACUUGAAAAGCAAAUUAACCUUAAAU